AUGGAGUCUUACGCGCACGCGCCCAGUGUAGCGCCCUCGAUCUCGAAUUCAUCUCCAACCGCGUUAUUAAAUGGCCUUGGCUCGGAAAUGCCUAAUCACCCACCCCACUCAACGCCGGUAUCCUCUGGCUCCGAUGCUGUCGAUUCACGGACAUCGCCCCAGAACACUGUGCAGGCUGCUUGUCUCGCCUGUAGGGGAAAACAUUUAAAAUGUGAUGGAAAGUAUCCAUGCUCGCGUUGUCAGACAUCAGAAACUGAAUGUAUCUACGUGGCUUCUCGUCGCGGUUACAAGGGACCGAGAAAGAAUGCGGUCCCAAAUCCAAAUAAGCGGCACGCAACCGACUCUCCGCCGUCCGCCGGUGGCGAUCGCUGUCCGAUGUUGUUAGGUGCGACCGUUUCAACCGCUGCGCCCCCGAGCUUAACGACCUUUAACUCGGGCUUGGUAAUCCCCGAGUCGCCCGCAACGCCAUUUGCGCCUCCUGGCAUGAACGGCCUUCAAUUAUACAGAAAUCCCUACCUCAACGGGACCAAUGGUGCCCUGGUAGAAGCCAACUCGCGGCCGCUGACAGUCCCUGAGCGUUGCAUUGACGCGUUUUACUACUUUUUCUAUCCUGGCCACCCCUCCGUUCUGCCCAAGGAACACCUGCUCAAGAUAUCUAAAGACGGAAAUCUUGAUCAUUUGCUCGCCGCGAUGAGAUGGGUCGGGUCGCUGUAUAUCGACGCCGGUCCUGCCCGUGCGACGUUCUUUGAAGAGGCUAUGCGGCUGGUUUACGCUCCGAACGUGGCCAAGGAUGGUUACCUAGUUCAAGCUAUGGUCAUCCUCCUAAUCGGACUCGAUGGCAACUGCCAACAGGAAAAGGCACGCGAAAUCUUGUCCGACGUCGAGCGGAUCGCCAUUGAAAUUGGCCUCUAUACGAGAACCUAUGCCACAGCGCACGGAGGCGGCGUUCCAAGGAUGGAAGAGAGUUGGCGACGGACGUGGUGGGACUUAUUCGUCGUGGACGGAAUGGUUGCCGGAGUGCAUCGUCACACGAAUUUCCUCCUCUUCGAUAUCGUGGCUGAUGUAGGCCUCCCGUGCGAAGAACAUGAAUACACAUCAGGGAACAUACCACGGCCAAUGUAUUUAGAAGAUUUUGAUGAUCAAAUAUUCUCUGGGGAAGAGCGAGAAUUUUCUUCAUUCGCCUAUCGCGUUGCAUCCAUAAGGAACCUUGGACGCAUGAUGCGACUCACCGGCUAUCCGAGCGCCGAGAAUGUCAACAAGAUUGAGACAUUACUUUCUAACUGGAGGAUGCAUCUGCCGCCGUCCAAGCAGCACAGUUUGAACAAGAACUGCCAGCCAGACGAGAUGAUGUUCCAAGCACAUAUGAUUAACCAUGCCUGCUCAAUCAUGUUGCACCAACCUCUCUCACAGUUAGAUUCAUCGCCCGCGCGCGAAGUAACAGCUUGCGCGCCGCAUCGAGCUGUUCAGAGCGGUGACCAUUUCAAUAUCCACACUAGGCAUAUUAUUACGGCCUCGUGUGAGAUCAGUAAGAUGGUCACGUAUAACAUGCCGAUCACAAGCCAUACGCACUUCUUCACGUGUGUGCUGACGCUUUCCUCGAUCGUCCAUCUUAGCAAAUGGGCCCUCGAGUAUUUCAUUCAGGACGAAGAUGAUCUUCGACAACAGAUUCGACUGAACAUCGGGGCUUUAAACAAGCUUAGUGGUGUUUGGAAAGCAGCCAGUACGGCGUCAAGCCAAGUCAGGGGCGUCGCGCAGGAGAUCUAUCGUGCUAAGAGGGCGCAGCAGAAUAACCCUUCGUUCUGGGUCGGAUUUACGCAGGAAGAAAUCAUCAGUACCAUGGCAGCUGACGAGGGCAUCAUGACCGAGAUCAACACUAUGCUAACGAGCGCACCGAGCGCACCAUGAGAUGUUGAGGAAACGGCUGCUCUAUCCAGUGUUCAGACGAAGUCGGGACGGUAAGGUGCCGUCUGUUUCAGCGAAAAGGAUUCGGUCGACGAGUUACGCCUAUCCGUGCCGUUCUCCGUCCAGACUGGGCACACAUAUAUAUAAGAAAAGAUGUGGGUUUUCACAUAAUGGAUAAGGUGGAUAGGGAGAGUUGAGAAAUGGGUAAAGUCCGUGGAUUUUAGCAGCAGCUUGUAGGUUAAGGAAGAGACGCAACAGGCGGGCGAAACGGGAAAAAGAAAGCCAACCAAAUAUACCAAAAACAAGAACAAAAAGCUGGACGAAUGAGGUCGAUGGGUGACGAUAUGAAGGAUAUACAUACCUAACCUAGAUGUGCUUAUAAAUGGCCUCUCUUCUUGCCUGGAGGACUAUUCGUCUUUGGGCACGUAAGCAAUAUUUAGCAGGAAGAUUGGACACAGAUGGGUAAUGUUUAUAUUAUAUCUACUCGGGCUACGGUGUAAUUUGGGUUUGGUUUCCU